GUCAUGCGAGCUCAGAAAUCAAGAGGACAGACACCGGCAGAUGCAUAGCUGGAUUCAUAACAACAUUAUAAGAAUAAGCCCAACAGAAAUUGAUGAGGAUUUCGUAACACAGCAAGGUAUGUUAACGUCUCCUGUGGUCACAGCGGGCUCUGCCUCAUGCGGAAUGGUAUGUGUCAGAGAGUUAAUGAUGUCAUGAAGCUGUGUUGUGAGUUAUCUGCCAAUCAGCAAAUCCAGACCACAGUAAAAGGCUCAGGGAAGGGGGCAGCAGCAGCUGGGGGACUGGCCUUCGCUGGAGGGUUGGUCGGUGGUCCUCUUGGUAUUGCAGUCGGCGGUGCUGUCGGAGGCCUCCUGGGCUGCUGGCUGACCAGUGGACAAUUCAAACCACUGCCUCAGAUCAUAAUGGAGCUCAGUCCUCAGCAGCAGCAGAAGCUUUAUGGUGAUCUUAUGGCCGUCCUGGGAGACAUUCAGUGGACAGACUUGGCUCAGCUGACUGCUCUAGUGAUGGGCAACGCCACUCUGAAGCAGCAGCUUACAGGCGCCCUUCUCGGGUAUAUCGCCAAGGAGCUCCAGGCAGAGGUGCACUACGUGGAUUAGUGUGUGUUGAUAACCUGACUCAGGGGCCCGCAUGCUCCGGAGGAUGGAGUCCUUGAAAAGAGCGUGAAAGAGACUCUUUAUCAAAGGUGAAAUCACAUAUUGUCAAGUGGCCCAGACACCAUCACAGUCCUGGUAACAGGUUACACUGGUUUAUAUGAGGUUAGCGCAUUAUUGUGAAUUAAGACAGCUGUAUAACUGGAUUAAUUUAUUAUGGGAAGUGCACUUACCAGUUGAAAGAAUCAUUUAUUCAUUAAGCCUGUAAUGGCACUGAUAAUCAUGGCAUCAAAAGUUACUCUGAAGUUGGUCUGACUGGGUGGUUCAGCUACAAUGAAAUACUGUUUUCAAUAUUAUAAUUUAAGUAAUAUUUAAAUACAAGGGAUUGUGCACUAAAUGAGCGAAACUGUACAGUGUGAAAUAUUUUGACUUGAUGUUAAUUCAUCAAAUUUAUUCAAAUUUAAGAAUAGGGAUUUACCAGCAUCUGUGUACAGUAUAUUGUAUUGCCAUCAGAGUCAAUUCAAACUCUCUAUUGAAUGUUUUAUUGAUUUGAUUGAAUCAAUUAAAACAAAAGUUUGUGUAUUUCACUGGUUCAUACAGUUUUACAUAGCACACUUUAUUCCUCAGGAUUAAAUUCGACUGUAAGACAAUUGUGCUUUAUGUGACUUGGCAGUUUGAGGCACUCCUUUGUACUGCCAUACCAUAAAAUCUCCUCUGAUCUCAGUACAGUUCCUUCCAGUUGUUUAUCAAACUGACACAUUCCUGUAUCUGAUUACAUCUUGCUGAUACUUUCUAGGGUUGACAUUUGGUUUUCUGGUUCAUCCAAUCAUUCCACAUCAUUUUGUUCCUCAGGGUUCCUGGGCCUCUUGUAGUUCGUAUGUGUAUGUGGACUUAGGACAACUCAACUUUAUGUAAUCAUGGAACAGGCCCCAGCCACCCUCUUAAAAAAACAAAACAACAAAAAAAAAGGUAGAACACAAAGCCAAUCUAGCUGAUAUUAAAAAUGCAAGCCUUGCUUUUACUCUGUUUGCAAUCGAUGGGAUCAAUGGGACUAUAGGUCGUCUUAAGUACAAAGUAGUGGUCAGGCUAGUGAAACAUGUUAUUUUUUUAAAGCCUGAGUGAAGUAUUUUUAAAAUUUUGUUUCAUUCACCUGUUGCAGUUGUGGUUUCGUUCUGCUUUUUUGGUUCUGCCUUUUCAUAGUUUAUCUCCUGUUUUUUUUUUUUUUUAGCAUUUUCUGCACUCAAAUUUUGUCUGACGUUUUAACUUUGUGUUACAUAAUGUUAUUUGCAAAAUGCUGAAAGUAGUGCAAAAUGACAAAUCUGUUGAGUUAGAUAAAUUACUCUAUGAAUCCCAAUGGAAAAUUGCAGUGAAUCAGACAUCAAGCUAAAUGAUGCAGAACAAUGGAAGAGAAAAUUAAAAACACUUUUUGGGAGUGAAAAGAUGCAAAGACUAAA